CCUUCAGCAAGAUUCGGAGCCCAUCCUCCAUCGUCCACCUUCCUUUUCUGCUAUACUAUCCAUAUAGAAUCUGCAGGUAGAAGUAGGCUGUGAUGGCGGAAAACCAAGAAAACAGUGCAUUGUUCCCGAUAUUCAUAUUGGCAGUAAUUGGUCUGCCUUUAGUUCCUUAUACUGUGCUCAAAAUUUCCCGUGCUGCUUCAAAGGGUAAAAGGAGCAUCCACUGUGAGUGUUCUGUGUGCACACGAUCUGGAAAGCAUCUCAAAUCAAAUUCUCAGAAGAUCUCGAGCUUGUUAAGCUGCAGUAACUUGACUCUUCUUUUGCUUUGGUUGAUUGUUGGCCUACUUGCUUAUUCCAUUAAACAAACCAAACGUGAGAUUCAAGUGUUUGAACCAUUUAGUAUUCUUGGACUGGAGCCUGGAGCUUCAGAUUCAGCGAUAAAGAAGGCAUAUAGGAGGCUUUCAAUUCAGUACCAUCCAGAUAAAAAUCCUGACCCUGAUGCAAAUAGGUAUUUCGUGGAACAUGUAUCCAAAGCAUACCAGGCUCUGACAGAUCCCAUUUCUCGUGAGAAUUAUGAAAAAUAUGGCCAUCCUGAUGGUAGACAGGGGUUUCAAAUUGGAAUAGCUCUUCCUGAGUUCAUGCUUGCUGGUGCAUCAGGUGGAGUACUGUUAAUAUGGAUUCUUGGAGGAUUUGUUCUGUUGCCACUGAUUGUUGGUGUCAUAUAUUUGUCAAGAUCGUCACAGUAUUCUGGAAAUGUCAGACGAGAAACUUUGUCCUCCUAUUAUAAAUUUAUGAAACCAUCUUUGGCUCCAAGCAAAACAUUGGAACUAUUCAUAAAAGCUGCUGAAUAUAUGGAGAUUCCAGUUCGAAGACUUGAUGAAGAACCUCUUCGGAAGCUCUUUUUAAUUUUAAAGGGAGAGUUGAACUUGGAUGGCAAGAAUGCAAAACAGGAACAUGCAAAAUAUUGGAAGCAACACCCUUCUCUAAUUAAGGCCGAGUUGCUGAUUCAAGCACAUUUAACUCGCAAAACAGAGACUUUAUCCCCGGAUUUGCAGAAAGACUACAAACAUAUGCUACAACUCGCCCCUCGCCUGUUGGAAGAACUAUUUGUGAUGGCUACUCUGCCACGCACCCCUAAGGGACAUGGAUGGCUGAGACCUGCAGUAGGAUUUGUUGAACUUUCCCAAUGUAUUGUUCAGGGAAUUCCUCUUAGUGCAAGGAAGGCAACUCGAGGAGGGUCUGGUGGUGGUGAAGGUGUUGCUUCUUUUGUGCAGCUUCCCCAUUUCAGUGAUACAGUUAUUGAAAAGAUAGUACAGAAAGCACGAACAUUCCAGGAAUUCCAAGACCUCACUUCUGAAGAACGGGCCAGGCUGCUCAUGAAUGUGGCUGGUUUAUCCUCUUCUGAAGCACAAGACGUUGAGAAGGUUCUGGAACUGAUGCCACAUAUCACACUUGAAGUCAGUUGUGAGACAGAAGGGGAGGAGGGGAUACAAGAGGGAGACAUCGUCACAGUACAGGCAUGGGUGACGCUAGAGCGCAACAAUGGAUUGACUGCUGCCCUCCCACACUGCCCGUUCUAUCCGUUCCUCAAGGAUGAGAAUUUCUGGUUUUUACUUGCAGAUGCAAAUUCGAAUGACGUUUGGUUCUCUGAAAAGGUCAACUUCAUGGAUGAAAUCGGGGCAGUGACUGCUGCUGUGAAAGUAAUUGAGGAUAAAAUGGAAGCUUUAGGGGAAGAAGGAAAGAAAACAAGUGUUGCAGUUAAAGAAGUUGCUGAAAGAGUGAGGGGUGGGUCCCGACUGGUGAUGGGAAAGAUCAGAGCUCCCGCUGAAGGGAAUUACAACCUGACUGGUUAUUUGUUGUGUGAUUCAUGGAUGGGAUGUGACGAGGCGGUAAGCUUGAAGGUUAAAGUGUUGAAAAGGAACAGAGCUGGAACCCGUGGUGGUGGUGAACAGAAUAUUCCCAAUGACACCGGGGAUGAAGAAGAUGAAGAUGAUGGUGAUAAUGAUGAUGAGGUCGAGAGCGAGUACAGUGAAGAUGAGGAGGUCAGGGAAGUUACUAUUACAGGUAAAAGGGGCAAAGCCAUUGGGAAAAAGAACCGUUAGGGAAUCUUUUUUUAGCUGACAUGUCUUUACUUUAGAUGAUGACUUUAUAUUACUGGUUUUCCUUGGUCAUUGAUAGAAACAUGUUGAGUACUAGGUAAGACAUUAAAGUGAACUCAAAUUUCUGUCUUACUUGCAUUGAAGUAUUCAACAUUUCAUACCCUUAUCCGGAUUUUUUGUAUACCAAUUUUGGAUUUUAAGAUAUAGACGCAUAAUAAACACUUCAAUACAAUUGUCAUUGCCUUGGACUGUCAACGUCUGCAGGUAUUACUUUAAGCUAUUAGAGCCUCUUCC